GGAGGGGCAGGAGAGGAGGAGCCAGAGGAGGUGUCUGCUGCAAGUUCCUGGCUGCUUCUGAGCUCACCCCAUCCUCCGAGAGGGAGGAGGCCAAGUGGUGAUGCCGCUGCUCCUGCCGCCUCGACUGCUGAUGCUUUAGUGAGGCUGGAAGGGUGGUUCCUCUUCGCACCAUUGCCAACCAGAGAGUGAGGGAACAAAAUCCCAGCAGCAGUGCUGAUGUUGCGUUCGGAGGCCUCAUCCGACACGGUCACAAGGAAAAUGGAUUCAGUUUGCAUCUUUCCCUCCUUUCAACAGCUUCUCCAGGUCUCAGCAUGGCUUUAAGGCAGCUCAGGAGACUGAAGAUGCCGGAGAUGAGUAGGGUACAGGACUCCAUUACUACUCAGGAGAAUGGAUUUCAUUGAAUUAAAGCCAGAAAAAUCCUUGCAGGGCUUCCAGGGCAGCACCUGAGGAGACCUUACCAAGGAGCACCACGCAGUAGAUGCUGAAAACAUCGCACCCACGAUACAAAGCAGUAACAUGGCAGCACCUGUUUGAAAGGCAUUCACAAACAAGACUCCCUUCAGAAAGGAACAAUGUCUAAGAAAGGGCGAAAUAAGGGCGAGAAGCCCGAAGCGCUCAUCGUCGCCCUUCAAGCUGCCAAUGAAGACCUCAGGACCAAGCUCACAGAUAUCCAGAUAGAGCUGCAUCAAGAGAAGUCCAAGGUGUCUAAGCUUGAAAGAGAGAAGACUCAAGAAGCAAAGAGGAUCCGUGAGCUGGAGCAGCGCAAGCACACGGUCCUGGUGACAGAACUCAAAGCCAAGCUCCAUGAGGAAAAGAUGAAGGAGCUGCAGGCUGUGAGAGAGAAUCUCAUCAAGCAGCACGAGCAAGAAAUGUCAAGGACAGUGAAGCUGCGGGAUGGAGAAAUCCAGAGGCUCAAGUCGGCCCUGUGUGCUCUCCGGGACGGCAGCAGUGACAAAGUAAGGACAGCGCUCACCAUUGAGGCCCGGGAGGAGGCCCGGAAGCUGUUUGAUGCCGAGCGCCUUAAGCUCUUACAGGAAAUUGCGGACCUGAAAACUGCCAAGAAGCAGGUGGACGAAGCUCUAAGCAAUAUGAUCCAGGCGGAUAAGAUCAAGGCCGGUGACCUUAGGAGUGAGCACCAGUCCCACCAGGAAGCCAUCUCCAAGAUCAAGUGGGAGUCAGAGCGGGACAUUCGGAGGCUGAUGGAUGAGAUUAAAGCCAAGGACAGGAUCAUCUUUUCCCUGGAAAAGGAACUGGAGACCCAAACUGGCUAUGUACAGAAACUGCAGCUGCAGAAGGAGGCAUUGGAUGAACAGCUCUUUCUGGUCAAGGAGGCCGAGUGUAACAUGAGCAGUCCGAAACGAGAGAUUCCGGGAAGAGCAGGAGAUGGCUCCGAGCACUGCGGCAGCCCUGAUUUGAGAAGAAAUCAGAAGAGAAUAGCUGAAUUGAAUGCCACUAUAAGAAAAUUAGAAGACAGGAACACCCUGCUUGGAGAUGAACGAAACGAACUGUUAAAACGUGUGCGGGAAACCGAGAAACAAUGUAAACCUCUUCUGGAAAGGAACAAGUGCCUCGCCAAGAGGAACGAUGAGCUGAUGGUGUCUUUGCAACGCAUGGAAGAGAAGCUAAAAGCCGUUACCAAGGAAAAUUCGGAAAUGAGAGAAAAAAUAACAUCCCACCCACCCUUAAAGAAAUUAAAAUCUCUGAAUGACCUCGAUCAAGCUAAUGAAGAACAAGAGACAGAGUUUUUAAAACUUCAAGUCAUUGAGCAGCAGAACAUUAUUGAUGAGCUCACAAGGGACCGAGAAAAGCUCAUCCGUAGGAGAAAACACAGAAGAAGUUCCAAGCCAAUUAAGAGGCCUGUUUUGGACCCAUUUAUUGGCUAUGAUGAGGACUCCAUGGAUUCAGAGACAUCAUCCAUGGCCUCGUUUAGAACUGACCGAACACCAGCUACUCCUGAUGAUGACUUAGAUGAAAGUUUAGCAGCUGAGGAAUCUGAGCUACGAUUUCGACAAUUAACAAAAGAAUAUCAGGCCCUCCAAAGAGCAUAUGCCCUCCUGCAGGAGCAGACUGGAGGUAUCAUCGAUGCUGAAAGGGAAGCCAAGGCUCAAGAACAGCUGCAAGCAGAGGUGCUAAGGUAUAAAGCCAAAAUUGAAGAUCUGGAAGCGACUCUGGCUCAGAAAGGGCAGGACUCACACUGGGUAGAAGAUAAACAACUUUUCAUUAAGAGAAACCAGGAGCUUUUAGAAAAGAUAGAAAAACAGGAGGCAGAAAAUCACCGGUUACAACAGGAACUACAGGAUGCCCGAGACCAGAAUGAGCUGCUGGAGUUUCGAAACCUAGAGCUAGAAGAAAGAGAGAGACGAUCUCCUCCAUUUAACCUACAAAUUCACCCAUUCUCUGAUGGUGUGAGUGCUCUACAGAUCUACUGUAUGAAAGAAGGUGUCAAGGAUGUGAACAUCCCUGAUCUCAUAAAGCAGCUUGAUAUCCUGGGUGAUAAUGGGAACUUAAGAAAUGAAGAACAAGUGGCCAUAAUUCAGGCCAGCACUGUGCUGUCCCUGGCAGAAAAGUGGAUCCAGCAAAUUGAAGGAGCAGAGGCUGCCCUACACCAGAAAAUGAUGGAAUUGGAAAGUGACAUGGAACAGUUCUGCAAAAUAAAAGGCUAUCUAGAGGAAGAACUAGACUACAGAAAACAAGCUCUUGACCAAGCAUAUAUGAGAAUCCAGGAGCUAGAAGCUACUUUGUACAAUGCUCUGCAGCAAGAAACUGUUAUCAAGUUUGGUGAAUUGUUAAGUGAAAAACAGCAAGAGGAGCUGAGGACAGCAGUAGAAAAGUUACGGCGGCAGAUGCUGAGGAAGAGCAGAGAGUAUGACUGUCAGAUUCUUCAGGAGAGAAUGGAGCUCUUACAGCAAGCCCAUCAGAGAAUUCGUGACUUAGAAGAUAAAACAGACAUCCAGAAACGACAGAUAAAGGACUUAGAAGAAAAGGUUCUCAGAGAAGAGAGACAAAUCAGACUCCAUUUAACUUCUGAGUCAAGAAGGAGAGAACUAUCUGAGAAGCACAGAGUUUCUGUUUCUAUUCUUGUUCUUCUCUCUUGCCUUUAUUCUAUGGCCUUGAUGUCAAGGUGCCUCUUAAAGGGAAUCCCCAGGUCAAGACCUCAGAGUGGAGAAUACCUGCCACUGGAUACAAUUGUUGAGGAGGAAAUAUGACAUAAAAAGUAACCGAAAACACGGAUAAGACCCCAGAAAGGCAAAUGCUUCUAGACCUUCAAAGAUGGCAGAAAUGUUUACAACAGUGAGAGGGAGAUCAAAAGCUAAGAACUACCCUGUAGCCAGGACUACAACUGUGUAUUUUAAAGCCAUUAUUCAAGGUUUCUUACUUGACAGUUCCCACAUGACCCUGUUGAAAAUCUACAAUAUAUGCUGCAUUUAAUGAAACAUGUAUAUGUCAAACCAGAAGAAAAGAACUAUAAACGUAUAUUGUGUAAAGAAAAAGUUCAGCAAUGGAAACAGUUUCAGCAGAUCAAGGAAAGAUGUGUCUUGGGCAUGGAACCAAAGUUACAAAGAAACACUCUCCCCCUGCUGUGCAGGGGGAUCAUUUUAAUGUAACACCACACCCCAUGGAAACACUAGUCCUGAAAUAAACAUUUUCAAUAAUCAAAACAAAGGAAAAAACAAGGGCGGGUGGGGAAUGAAGCACGAGGAAUACCUAUGAGGAGCUAUUUACAAUAAAAUGUUUCAUUUGAAAAGUC